GGGCGGUGGCAUAUUAUUUUUACGCGUGCGAAGGGUUUAGAAGGGUUUUAUUCCGCUUCAAUGCAAAACCAUCACUCAGUAGCAACGGCGGCGUCUCCCACCGCGCAGCGCUGAAACCCUAAUCGUCUCUUGGCCAUGCCUUCGAAACCCUAAUCCCCCAAACUCGCUGCUAUCCAUCAUCUCUUCUCCCAUGGCGGCCGACAUAGCGUUAGAACCCGAACCCCUGAAUCCGUGCUGCGCGGAGAUCAAGAAACGGUAUCAGAAGCUGGAAGAGAAGAGGAAUGCUCUCCGGCAGGCCGUGAAGCUCCUCGAGAACGAAACGAAUAAGCUCCUGAACGAGAAUCAGAAUCUCAAGAAGGCUUAUGAAGAGGAGCGGGCACGGACAGGGCGAGAGAAAGAAGCAAAAGAAAAGGAGUCCACUAUUAGAAAUCAGUUGGAGAAAGAAAUGCAUGACUUGAAGGCUGAGAUGUCCUCCUGUCAGAAAAGUGGAAGUUCGAGAAGUGAGGCUGAUGAUGAAAGUGGCCUGAUUCGCAUUUUGGAGGCAGAGGGAGAAGUAGGAAGGCUCAAGGAACUUUUAGAUGAAGAGAAAAAGCGAAGCAAUUCUGAGAAGAAGAAUGCUGAGGUGGAGAAGAAAAAAGCUGCUGAAGCAUGGAAAUUUGUGGAAGUGGAGAAAAGCAAGGUAGAAGAAGUAAAGAAACAUGUAGAGAUUGCAAGGAACAAAGCUGAUGAAUACAGGCUUUGCCUUGAAAAACUAAAGAUGGAAGCUAAUGAAGCAAGAGAGAAGUUGAUUGUGGGAGAUCUCCAAAGCAGAUGA